CAAGGCAUUUUCUGAUGUACACACACAAUGUGUUCUGUCUUAAUAGCUGUAUCCAGCUGCAGUGUCUCGUCUCCAGGAUACCACUCUGAGCAAACAGAGAGCAGCAGAGAGAGUGCGGCUCCUUAUACAGGUUAUCCCAUCCAACCCCAUCUUUCCCCUAGGAUCUGGGACAUUCUACACGAAUCUUGUGUGUCAUAUUCAUCGUAUGCUUCGAGAGAGAGAGAAAGUCUAUCAGGAUGAUGACUGGGUCCUCAAAGAAGCCAUGGACAUGCACAACUUGCAGACAGGAGGAACUUUCAUGAAUGCUCUCACCAGAAAAUUAGACGACAUUAUUACUCCACGUCUAGCAGAGAUUAUUGCCUUUGUGGACAGGGGUUGUAAUCUGAGUCUACUGCAGCCUACAAACAGUCCUCUUUCUCAGUUCUGGCUUAUGGUAUUUGCUUGUAAGAGGGCAGAAGAAGCACUAAAGUACACUGACAUGGUUGGGGGUCAAAAAGUUAAUGUGAAUCCUGAUAACACUAAUUGUGCGUUUCCCUUUUCCUGGCUGGUGAGGGAGCUAGUGGAUUCUCAUUGGGACAGUGCACAGAGCACUGGAGGUUCCCAUAAACAGCUAAUGCACAAGCAGUUGUGUUCAUUAGUGGCAGACAGUCCUUUGGGAGAGGUUCUGCAGAGUAUCCAGGAUGAAGAGCAAUGUGAAGAGCUCUACCAAAGAUAUGUUCAUGACUUUGUGCGCAGUGUGCAUAACUGUACUCACAAAAACGAAAGAGAUAGUCAAAUGUGAAUACCAGUUGAUCCAAGGCAGUCUGCACAGCCUAAUUAUAAGGAGCCCAGACUUUGGCAUAGUGGGCGGAGGUGUGUCGCUGAUUGGUCGGAUUGCAGCAGUACAUGUGGUGUACAGAGAAUGUUGUGAAUGUAUCUACUGGUUUGGACAGCUCACAUCCCACAGUCCCGGUGUUCUAGAAGGUCUGGUUCAAUCAGUUGGAGAGACAACUGGCAUCGAUAACUGUAUGGUGCUACACCUAUAUGCGUUGGAGAAGGUUCUUAAUGGACUUGAGCCCCCAAUCAAGGCAAAAAGGUUGUCGCAGUAUUCCGAUGACAAGUCUCUUAGAGUGUGGCUCAGCUAUGUCAGGGAAGUUAGCAAUGCCAUUGAGUCCACACUCAGUCUGUCCAGUCAACACCCUCUUGCACUUAAAGCAAGCCUUCAAUGGCAGAAGAUCAGAGCCAUUCAGAUAUUUAGUGAAAAUGUUCUUUUAAACCAUUCAAACAUGGUGGUCUAUGCCAGACAGCUCUACUUGGCUUUGCGCAGUGAAAGUGAUUUCUUAGUCUGCUCAACUGUAGUAAAAGUGAAAAGAGUACUAAACAUCAUGCAAGGAAACUUGAAAACUAAAUUAAAGAGUAAAGAGGAGAAGAAACUACUGGCUAACGUUAGGAAGAGUUGUACAAACUUUUUCAUCGAGGUGGUGUCUACUUUGUGCUUUGGACAAUCCAGUGCUCCUGAAGAUAAACUUAUUAUUAUGCUUCUGGACAUUGUCUUCACAGAGCAAAUGGUAGUAGAUGAGGGUGAGGAAGGAGGGAAAGGGAAACGAGGAACCAGAAAUCUUACUCCGUUCAAGGAUGAAAGUGGAGAUAAACAGCCAAUUAUCCGAUCAUUCCUUCUCCAACUACUCCUGGAACACGACACUGAAAACGUUAAAAACCAUUUGAAGUCCUUCUUUAACAGAUGUCAGCAGGCCCUGGUUAGAGGCACGGGAGUGGACCAAGAACUGAGCCUACUCUGUACCCAGUGCUUUGAGAAUGCUACUUACAAAGACUUCUGCUGUCUCUCCUUGGAGAAUAAGAUUAAGGCCAUUUUGGAGAAAAAUUUAUUGACAUCAGCGACAGACACUUUGGCCCAUUCAGCUGGUCUCACAGAGCACACCAUUUCAUUGGAGGCGUUGGAAAGUGUGGCUAAAAUGCGCUGUUGUCUCCUUGUGGUUGCAGAACUCUUGCAACUACGAGUUAAUCAGCAGGGUCAUUCACAAUUUUUGUAUGGCCGUAUGGUGCAACAAUUAUUGGAGGAAACUAGGCUGGCAUGUACUGAAAGCAAAGUCAACACCAUUGAUACUACUGGGAUGUUUGACACAACUGGCCCUAUAGUAUACUUACUGAAGCUACUAGUAUACCAGGGAGGCUUUUCAUGCGUAAAAAAGAUUACAAAGGACCAGCAAUGGAUGAUCCCCAAAGAAUUUGAACAAGAUAGGGAGCAAAAUACUCUGGAUCCAUUCGUGAUGUACAACCCAAUCUAUGGUGUUAUCAGAGAAGAGAUGAGUGCUGCAGCUUUUGGCAGAGACUAUAAAGAGCUGGAGGAACAUGCUACAGCCUUGCACCCUCAGGAGUGUGUGCCUUUAUUACUGAGUGUGUAUGAAGUGUAUACCAUGAGCAGGGCUUCCACAAACAUUGCUAUGCAAUUACUACCAGAGACGACUGAGAAAAUAAAUGAAAUUAUCCUGAACUGCAAAGCCCUUUCCAGAGAUAUGAAAGUGGUGGCUAGAAAGUUGGUUUCUAAUGCUCAAGGGGGUCCUCUUGCAGCCCUGCAAGUCACUGCUAAUCAGCCCAUGUUCCAGCAGACACUGGGAGCACUAGUAGUGCAUGCAGUGGCAGUGCUCAUCAGUAGGAGCAGUCUUGACCUUCUCUGCCCUUUUGUAACCCUCUUUAAGCCCCUGGGAGUAUGGCGAAUUGCUACUUGCCCACAAUGGCAGAGGAUAUGCUUCCAGAGGCAAGAAGAAUCAUUACUGGAGGACAAUUUUAUGAAUGUCCAAAUGGCCAUCCAUACUUUGUUGGAGAGUGUGGCCGGCCAUUUCAGCAGGCAAACUGUAUGACUUGUGGUUCAGUUAUAGGAGGGACAAACCAUACAUCUGCUGCCAACAACAGAACAGCAAGAAUAACUGAUGCCACUGAAAGUGGCCAUUGUCUAGGCCAUCCCACAACACGUAGCAACGUCCCAUCACCAGAGCGUUCGCUCUCUCCUGUUGCCUGCUGCAUUAUUAGAGCUAUAAUGCACAGUGCUCUGGUGUGGGUCAGCUGCAAUGACGACAGUGCCACUGGAGGACUGGUGGAACUUGUCAAGUCAGGUCUGGCCAGUCCACAGGAGCUCCCUGAGUUCUUCUGGGGUCACCUGGAGAGAGAUCUGCAGCUCCUGGCCACGGCUCUCGGGAGGAACCACGAGGAUGCUGCCAUUGUGGUUCAUCUUGUUCUGAUGAACAUAGUCAACAUCACACCUCCCAGUUCUACUAUUCUUCUGAGGACUCUUGGAAAAAGAGAUGUCCGCAGUCAGUGGGAAAACCAUUUCAAUGGGCUGUACAUCAACCCUGUUCUUGAGAAGUAAUGACCUUGUGUGAGGUGAACUCGAAGAAACUUUUAUUGUGUCCAGAGCAUGACCCCCUCUACUAUCUGGUUUAUGAGCGUGCACCUAUGGUGAAGGAUAGUCUGGAGCCUCAUCUCUGGGGCUACAGACCUCGCAUCACACUGGAACAUCUCACCAGAUACUUGCAGCAGCAGAAGAAGUUUCCUAUUCUGGAAGAGUUCCUCAAGAAUGAGCCAGUGCUACAAGCAACUCAGUAUAUUCCUGAUAUUGUAAGACUGCAGAAACAACUGUUUGAUGAAUUACACCACCGCAUCAACCACAAGGUUGCACAUACUGUGUCGAUACACGACUUCAUUUUGAGACAACACACUAGUAUGUCAGUCUUCUUCAAAGCCGUUGAUGUUACUACACUGCAUUUUUUCAGAGAGUGUACAGAGUCAGUAUCUGGAAAUGGUAUCCAGUGUACAAAACGCCUGGGCUCUUGUCCGAGACCAAUUGAAGGAUCAUGGGCACUUGAAAGUUGAUGAGAAGUACCUUCAGGAGCAUCUGGGGCUCGAUACAACCCUUGAGUAUUUCAUUCCUACUACCACUGGUCCAGGGGCGUGCACAUUCUCACUGCUUCAUUAUCUCUGCUAUGUUCACAACAACUACAUUGACUGGUGUCGAGCCAAGAGCAACACCAGGUCAUGGCGAGAGCACAAGAUACAGCUGGCCCACAUCCACAAGUGCCACCUCCUGGACUACCAGAGCCAGCUCCAGUCCAUCCUUCUCUCCCACUGCCACUACUCCCUUCGUGUGGGCCAGAGUCAAGAGGUCUCUAUGACCUCCCAGCUCUGGAGAAAUGUAUCCUGGACCGCUUUGUCCAUGGGAAACCUACUAUUCUGGUCGAUAUCCCUCAUGUCAACUACCAGGAGGACAUCUACACUGCAUCAGCAUUUGCUGCUGUGAGGAAGAACACGGCACCACAGAGGAAGCUGCAGCAGAGAGUGCAGCUAGACAUCUUACGGGAGUUGAGAUCUCCUGACAAGCUGCGAAAGUCUCUAGAUGUUGUGGAGAUAGUGAUCGGUUUCCUCACAUCAGGAGGAGGGAAACCAAAGACUAGGCUACUCUCUUACCUCAGGAAAUUAAAGAUGGAGAAAAGGUCCUUCAGUGAGAAAGCCAAGCAACACUGUAAUUUGGAGCAUAUUCUGUCCCUGUGGUCCACUUUGUCAGUUGGCUUAGCACGAACUAUCACACUCAGUGGCCAGCAACUGUAAUCUCUUAGGAGCCAUUCCAUACUUUGAACUACGAGUUGCUAGUGCCACUGUCACCAGCCCAGUGCCAACAUCUGGACAGAGCUCUUCCCAAGGUUGACCUGUCAGCUCUGCUGGGAACACUGUAUGAGUUCAUUGAGACCUUCAUCAGACACAUUGACUUAAACAACAAGGAGUGGGGGUAAGGACUAGUACAUUCAUUAAAAUCACACACAAUUGUUGCAAGGAGAAAGCAGGACAGGUCUUGAU